GUUGGGGGAGGGAGGGCCGGGGACGAAGAAGAUUGACGGAGGACCCAUAAAUUCCUUUCAAUAAAUCGUGUCUCCUUCACACCACGGAACCAACCUCUCACCCCAUAAUUACAACGAUCUCCACUCAAAGGAAAAAAACCCUCCUCCCAUCCUUCUCCAUCUCUCAUGUUGCUUCCUCACUUUCAACCAUCUGGCCACACAAUUUAGCUUUUAUGCCUUUACCUUUUCUACUUUCUUGUCAGCUCACUGUGGUCCGUGGAUGAAGCUUUAUGCAGCAGAUGGAUUAAUCAUUUAAUUGUAUGAUGGGUUCUGUUGAUGACUUUUAAUUCUGCAGUUGUUGGCUUGAGUUAAGGUAUUUGUCAUUGGUUCAUCUAAUUUCAAAAUCUGGUAAGUUCAUGGAGUCUUGGAACUAUAUCUUCGGAGGGAAGGGUUUUGUGUAUGAUGAAUCUAUAUCUGAUAAAAAUGGUUUUAUGGGAUGGGAACUGAAUAUUGGGAACCAGUGUUUAAUGGAACUGGGUUUUUCUGAAGUGGAGAAAAAACCUUGGGUUGAUUCUAGUGAAGAGAAUGAGUCUAACUCCAAAUUCUCUAGCUCUAUAUCUGUGGUUGAAUCUAGUAGCUUAGACUCGUCGGUCAUUGAUCUGAAGCUUUGUGAGUUUCCUACAAAGAAAUCUAAGGCGGGUUUGAGUUCUCUUACUCAGUAUUGCCAAGUUCAUGGUUGCAAAAAGGAUCUAACCUCAUCUAAAGACUAUUACAGACGACACAAGGUUUGUGAGGUUCAUUCAAAGACUGCAAAAGUUAUUGUUAAUGGCAUUGAACAGAGGUUUUGCCAGCAAUGCAGCAGGUUUCAUUUGUUGGGUGAAUUUGACGAUGGCAAGAGAAGCUGCCGCAAACGCCUUGCCGGACACAAUGAACGUAGAAGGAAACCUCAUAUGGGAAUCCAUCCGGGUAGAAAUGGAAGACUAUUGCACUCAUAUAUAGGUAACAGGAUUCAAUGGAAUUCACCAUCUUUUAUAUGUCAAGAUUUAUCCCCAAGUUGCAUCAUUACUCAUGAUCACAAGUACAAUCCAAGCAACUGGAUCAAACAUAUAAAAACCGAAGAUGAAUGUGGCCCGCAGCCUGAAAUUUUCCCCACAAUUGGAAAGCCCGAUGUGGAAUUAACCUUCUCGCAUUUGUUUGAUAAAGAUUGCCAUGCAUAUCCGAUGACUGCAAAAUACUUAUAUGGGCAUGAUCAUGGGGCCUUAAAUUCUAUCUCCGGUAUCUCAUUCCAGAAUAUUUCAUCAGGAAACAAAGACUUUUCUCAUGGUUAUUCAGCACCGAUUGUUCGAGGGCUUUCAACAACCUCCGGUCAUGCUCCCUCUCUUCUGUCAUCUCAUUCUCAUAUUUGUUCUAGCCAUUCACCAAGAAUUCCAUUUUCUCAACCAACCAACGACGUUUCUUCUGAAAAUAUAUGUUCUGCUGGCACUAAUUCAAUUGAGGGAAAUCACCAGGGUCAUAUGCUUGUCAUUAACAGUACUGAUAAUGUGGGCUUUAAGGAAGGGAUUUCUCAAGGGUCGGAAAUGAUGAAUGCCAAAGAUUACAUUCCCUGUGGUGAUGAUGGACGGUUCACCAUGGAUUUGCUUCAAUUGUCCACGCAUGUGAAGCAGAAAAUGGACUCAUUUUAUGGCCUUAGGUGUUAGGAUGACAUAGCAAUUGAAAUAAACUUUGAUAGUCUCA